AUGGCCGCUACGGCCGCCCAGCUGGCCAUCGCCACAGCCUCCCUCACCGCCGUGCUCCUCCGCCCGGACCCCGCGCCCUGCUCGCGCCCCGAUAUUGACGAGUUUGCUGGCCUGCUGGCUCUUACUGCGGCGCGCUGCUCGCCUGCCAAUGUCCAGCAUUGGAUGUUGCGCCAUGUCACGCACUCGCCUGCCCGCACUGCCGCCGUCGGCCGCUACCUCGUGGCGCUCGCCCACUCUUUUUCGCCAGAGACACGACGCACAACAUCCGAAACGGAAGCCAAGCCGACCUCGGCACGCCGCAAACGACUUCACCUCCUUUACGUGAUCAGCGAUGUCCUGUACCACGUCGCGUUUCGCAGCACCGCCCCGGACGGCGACAACGCGACGAGACCGCCGUUUGUGGCCAACAUCGAGCCCAGUCUCCUGCCCCUCGUGUCGAGCGCCGCAGCGUUUGUCCGUGCCCCUAAACAGCUCGCAAAGCUAAACGACCUGCUCGACCUGUGGGCCUCCCAGAACUACGUCGGUGACAACGUGCUGCAGCAGCUUCGAACAGCCAUCGACGAAGGACCACGCCGGGCCGAGGAGGCGCUGCAGAAACAAGCCAAGGACAAGGCCUCGGGCAAACACCAAAAGGGGCUGGCUGCUGCUGGUGCUACAAGUACAGGCGCCUCCAAAGAAGCAAAAGAAACAAAAGAAGCGCCUUUCCUGCUGCCAGCCCUCCAUGGCGACCCUGCCGUGCCCUGGUACGACUGGCCCGCCGCCACAUGGCUCCACGUCCUCGAGCCCAACUCGACACGUCCCAUGAACCCGGCCGCCCUGCAACCGCUGCAGCUUGCGCCCGGUCCCGCACCACCGGCCCUUGAAGCCAGCGUGCGUGCCCUGCUCGCCGACGUUGACCGCAUGUAUGAAGGUGAGGGCGGUGAGGGCGGUGAGGAUGGCAAGGACAGUGAGAUGUCAGCCGCUGCCGACAUCGACUCGGACGUGAAUGCCCUUGGAGAACGCAUCGAUGUUGAUGUCCUGUCGGGCGACAUUGUCGGUGGCGACACCUACUAUGGCUGGUCCCGUGCCUUUUGCAAGAGCAUGAAGGAGCGUCGGCGACGUUGGAAGACUCUCGGUGGCGCUGGCUUCGCAGAGCCAGACGUCGAGAUCGAGGUCGAGGUCGAGGUCGAGGUCAAAGCGCCAGUUCCGGUCCAGAUCAAGCAGCCGAUGUCGCUCUCGGUCGUGGAGCGGAUCGAAUUCGCCGAGGAGACGCCUGUCUCGCGACCGAUACCGCUACUCACGGUCGCCGCAAAGGGCACAGCUACCAGGGACCAUGGCCUCCGCCCAUACCGCCUCACUUGCUGCCAAAUUCUGCUUGGUCAGAAUCUGCAGCAACACCGCCGCUACCGCCGCCGCUACCGCCGCCACAACAAUACCAGCAUCGGCAUCAACAACAGCAUCAACAACAUCACGGGUAUCAGCAGCAACAAUACGACCAACAAAGACAUCCUGCGUAUGGUCAGCCACCUCAGCAAGUCCCGAGGAGUGGUAAUGGAUCUUGGGAUCGGUCGAGAGGGUAGUGUAGUUGAUGUCGUUUGA